UCGACGGUAAUAACUGUCCACUGAGUGUUGUCAUAGGGAUUUCUUGUUUUCUUGAUAUCAAGUUUUUUAAUUAGCUUUAGAGUAACAUAUAAGAAAAUUAAUUAUAUUCUGUACAUGUAUAAAUCUUUUUGAAUAGUAGUUUUCAAAUUAUAUCCGUCAUAACCAAAGUACUAAGCCGUUCACGUGUUGUAAUGGAUAAUAGUAAUAAAAUUGUACCACCACAUUUAAAUGCUGAAGUUUAUAGAACAGACACGACAGGAACGUGCACUCAAUCAUAUCUCGAGUACAUUCGCUUACAAAGCGAUGGAACUGUAUUGGUGGGAUGUUCAGAGUUGACUGGACGCUAUUGGAACGGUGGUGCCAGUAUUUUUGAAAAGAGGCCAGAAGACAAUAAAAUUCACAAAACUACAAAAAAAGACAUCUAUUUAACUAGUGGUACUGCAGAUGGCUGUUUUGUUGAAAAUUCUAAUAAGAUUUUUCUAUGUGAAGACAGUGGGGCUGUAAGUUUGUGGUCGAGUAAAGAAGAUGAUGCUUGGAAUCAAUGGGGUGAAGAUCUAUCAGUAGCAGAACAUGAUGGGGCUGUGCUAAGUGUAGACUGCUUAGAUCCUAACAAGGAGUAUGUCACUGCUGGUGCAGAUGGCAAUAUUAAGGUGUGGGACACAAUAGAUUUAAUUUGUAUAAGAAAUUACUUUGCAGCCCAUAGUAGAUCAAUUUAUGGAGUUUCAGUCAGACCCAUGUCUCACACAAGUUUUGCCACAGGAUCAUUAGAUUAUUGCAUUUCUUUGUGGUAUGAUAAAAUUGAUUUACCAGCUUUAGAAUUAUUUAAAAAUGACUGUGGGGUUCGUUGUUUGCAAUGGUUUGAUGAAAAUAAUUUAAUAUUUGGUGAUGAAGCUGGUUUUAUCAGUUUGAUAGAUAUAAGAAAACCAGAAAUUGCAACUAAACUUAUUGAAUUACCAGCUGCUGUUCAUAAAGUUGUUAUUCAACCUGGAUGUAACAGGCUUUCUGUGUGUUGUGAUAAUAAAAUCGUAUCAGUUUUUGACAUCAGCGAAGAUUUGAAGUUGAGUUUAAUUUAUGAAAACAGAAAUUUACAUAGUAAUUUUGUAAGAGGAAUGGUGUGGGACAAUGACGAGAGAAAUGUCUUACAUACUGUGGGUUGGGAUGGUGAAUUAAAGACCCAUAGACUACCAUGUGAUUAAAAUCAGGUUAAAUAUAAAAUAAAUAAAAAAUUUACAAAAUUAAAACUUUUUAGUAACUUUUGACACAUUUUUUUUAAGAGCUUUUAACAGUCAGCCCGGUGAUUUCUUGUUCAGGUUCGGAUUUAUCCAUACACACAUACAUUUUGUUUAAUUCAAUGCUAUAUACAAACUAGUGAUUUAUACUUUUGCUGUAAAUUAUUAUCUUAUGUGACUAAGGUAAAAUAAAAAAUAGUGAGACCAA